CACUUUUUCCCGCAUGGUACAUACUGAAUGAUGAAUGUGUACAGUCGUUGUUCACAAAUAAACUAGAGAUAUCUAUGUGUACCUAACAGGGACAGUGUGGCAGUGUAAGAUGUAUACCGAGGUUGUUCUCAUCUGUUAUGUCAAAUAGAUGUCAGACGACGGAACCGCAGACGAAACUCUACUCUUGGACAGGAAGCUCAUUAGCUUGCUGGCUAGCUGGCUAGCUGUUUUAACUUCCCUCUAAAUAAUGAAGACUUCCAACAGCAAUGCCACUAUAAUGGACAUGUUUGAAAAGGGAAAAGUCCUGAAAAUAUGUGCGCCAAUGGUUCGAUAUUCAAAGCUUGCAUUUAGGUCCUUAGUGAGAAAAUACGACUGUGACAUCUGCUUCACCCCGAUGAUAGUUGCUGCUGAUUUCUUAAGAUCUGUCAAAGCCAGAGACAGUGAAUUCACCACCAAUCAGAGUGACCGGCCCCUGAUAGUGCAGUUUGCUGCCCAUGAUGCCCAGUCUCUAGCCGAUGCAGCCUCUGUAGUAGCACCUUUUUCAGACGGCGUUGACCUAAACUGUGGCUGUCCACAAAGAUGGGCCAUGUCAGCUGGGUACGGUGCAUGCCUCAUCAACAAGCCUGAACUUGUGAAAGACAUGGUCAGAACUGUCAGAAACCAAGUGGAUAAUCCUAACUAUACAGCAUCCAUUAAAAUAAGAAUUCACAAGGACCUGAGGCAGACUGUGGAUCUGUGCCAGAAGGCUGAAUCAGCCGGCGUGUCAUGGAUAACAGUCCACGGUCGUACGUCAGAAGAACGCCACCAGCCCGUCCAUUAUGAUGCCAUAAAAACAAUCAAAGACAGUGUCUCUGUCCCUGUCAUAGCCAAUGGGGACAUCAAAAGCCUCCGUGAUGUGGAGUCCAUCCACCAGCUCACUGGAGUCGAUGGUGUGAUGGCUGCGCGGGGGUUGCUGUCUAACCCUGCCAUGUUUGCCGGCUAUGAGGAUACUCCUCUGGAGUGUGUUUGGGACUGGGUGGACAUAGCUUUAGAGCAGGGCACUCCGUUCACCUGCCUCCACCAACAUCUCAUCUACAUGCUGGAGAGAGUGAGCUCUCAGCCUGAGAGAAAAGUGUUCAACUCCUUAUCCAGUACCUCGGCUGUAAUAGAUUACCUCCAGAACACAUAUGGGUCAGUACAUGAGCUAGUAACAUAAUCAACCAGUAAUGUAUUAUUUUCGGGUUUUAAUAUUUGUACAAUGUUAUAUUUUAUGCCAAAUAAACUUAAAUGCUAUUGUUGUA